GUGCUGAACGGCUUUACGUACUGCCAGCACUCUUUGAGCAAGAACGGGCAGAAAAUAUACUGGCGCUGAACGGACCGGGCGGGCUGCAACGCUCGCGUCCACACCAACGCAGACCUGAGCAACCUGCAUUUGCUGAAGGAUGCUUCGGCGCACCUCGGCCACGUAGAAGACCACCGGGCCAUCGAGGGGCGCAAGGUGAUGCAAGCCCUGAAGCGGAGGGCGCGGGAGGAGCCGAAUGACGCACCUCAGCGAAUCAUCCGGCAAGCCGUUGCCGCGGUGGACGACCCGGAAGUGCUGGCGAAACUCCCCGAGAGGCAGAGUGUCCGCCGCGUCGUCAACAUCCACCAGAACAUCGGCCGGCCCAGAAACCCUCGACUGCUUCAGGACAUCGACCUCAAUGCCCCCUACACGACGACAAUGCGAGGAACGCGCUUCCUCCUCCAUGACUCCGGCAGAGAAGAUCCCGACCGCGUCAUCGUCUUCUGUUCGGAGGAGAGCCUCAAAGUGCUGUGCCAGAGCGAGGUGAUCUACGCGGACGGCACCUUCAAGACCGUCCCCAACCAGUUUGGGCAGUGCUACAGGGUAAAAUUCAAGGGGAUUGACACGACCUGA